AUAUGCUUUUUGAUGUGCGAACCAUACAAUGCCUCAGACAGUGUGAUACAAUUAAUCGGUUGUAGAACACAAUUUAGAAUGGUACCACGCGGAACAAACCUUCUCGGGGCAUGGUGUUUACCAUUGGUGAUAAUCUGCAGUAGUGGUGCCCCUAUUGGAUUAGAUGAAGCCAUUGAAAUCUUUUCCAAAACUCUAACCACCAUGGAAACAGAUUCGCAAAGUCCUGUGGUUCCUAUUGAGGUGCCAGAUUUGACGGAGGAUGACGCGGAGAUUCUCGAUCAACUUGGCUUCAACUCAUCUGCGGAAAUGAUGCAACAUGAAUAUUUGUCAGAUAUCAAGUCUAAGAUAAUGCAGUAUCAGCGCUUAUAUGGGCUGCCAGCGACCGGAGAGUUGUGUCGAGAGACGAAAAUAUCGCUUCGAAGACCGAGAUGUGGAGUUAGUGAUGUUGCCGCAUAUGGAGAGGACUACAAAUGGACCAAAAACCUACUGACCUACUAUGUAAGAAACUUCCCAGCGGGUGUUUCUAUCGAUUCCGUCAAAAACUUGCUGCGAACGGCAUUCGAUCAAUGGAGUGCGGUGACCAAUUUGGAUUUCAACGAAACCGAGAACAUGAAUGCGGAUAUUGAAAUUGUAUUUGGAAGUCGACAUCACCCACAUCGAUGGCAGUAUUGUGGGUCUGAACUGGGGGACACCACCUUGGCACACGCGUUCUUCCCGCAGAUAGGAGCAAUUCACUUCAAUACUAAGUUUUAUUUUGGUACCCAAAAUGAGGAUGAUUUUUUCAACACAGCUAUGCAUGAAAUCGGUCAUGUCCUUGGGUUGGAGCAUUCGGUGAACCCUGCGUCGAUUAUGUAUCCUUCACUAGUGGCCCGUUUUAGCGAGAUACCACUGAUUGACGUUGAGAAAAUUCAGUUCAAAUAUGGAAGACGUGAACGAGGCGAAUCCACUCCAAGCCCCGCAUUUUGCAGUUUGGAUAAGUUUGAUGCGGUUCUAAACGAUCGGAACAAAGAAUUAUAUUUUAUCUCGGGAAAGUACUACUUCACGAGGAAUUCCGCUCAUACACCGGUUUUAUUGAGCGAAAAAUGGCCCGGAGUUCCCGAUCAUUUGGACGCCGCUAUAACCAUCGCUUCUCUUACGUACAUGUUCAGGGGUGAAGAAGUGUGGGCUUUCGAGAACAACAAGUUGGAACUCGGAUAUCCCCGGAAGAUACGGCACACAUUUCCCGGCAUACCGAAAAAUUUAGACGCCAUCUCUCGCUACAGGGAAAAGUACCUUUUCGCAUUCAAAAAUGAACAUUAUUGGCGGUAUAAUAUGGAGAAGAGAAUUGUGGACCACUCUGGAGAACUGACGGAGUUCGGUGUUCCAAGUCGAGUCGAUGCCGCGGCGUUCAACGAGACGCAGAAUGCUAUAAUUUUCUUCAAAAGCAACACACGAUAUGUAUACGAUUGUGACACUCUGCAAACGACAACGGACUAUUCUCGUCCUCUUGGUUGCUGAUUAAAAUUGAAAUCGAAAUCAAGGUAGUUUAUAUGUUUAAUAAUUCCAUUCAAACUUCUGAAGCCGUAUUCCAUAAAAUAUGAGUUAAUAUUUCAAUAGCAAUAAACUAUUAGAAAAAAUGAAUUUGGGGAAUCACUGCUCAAAAUCGAUGAACCAACCAAUCCCGUAGGGGCAUCGCAAGCACAGACAUCAUAAUCGAGCAACUUAUGGACUGGGCUAUAAUCCUCAGUUAAAUUAAGACUUCACGGAGAGCGGACACGAGGGCCGCACAGCAGCUGUCGCAUGAUGCCACCGCACCGGUAGCAGCGGUCCUAGCGGAAGAGAUUCAUCUAUUGGCCGUUGCCGACGGCGUCACUCAGCAUAAAGUACUCACAGAGCGCCCUUCAGACAGCAGCAGCAGCCAAGUGAAAAUUUCACGGAAUGUUCGGACUAACGUUUGGUUGCUUUGAUUAGAAAGGUGCAUUGUGCAUUGAAAAUUGGUUCUUCUCAGAGCUAGUCUUCUUCUUCUUCUUCCUUUCUUACAUACAAAAAUGAGUUGCUCUGUGUUCGUACCCGCAUAACUCGAAAACCGCUCGAUGGAUUUUCUUCAUUUCUUCAGCAGAUAUGUUCAUUGUAGUUUUCGACGGGUUUAUA